UGUUGGCACAACAGCCGAACGUUUGAUGAAGUCUGCAGACUCUCUUGAUUUUGCCCUCCAAGGUAAGAAAAAUUAAAGUUUCUUUGUCAUACCUCAAUGACAGAUAUGAGUAAUCGGACUGCGUUUUUUAAAAUAAGUUCUGCCACGUCAACCAAUCAUAUUAAAUCUAGGCGCAAACAAGAAGAGCAACACAGGCGUCACUGUCAACAACAGAGGCUUCCUUGACUUUGGUGGCUUCGACAGUAUCUUCUCGGGAGCAGGCGACCUCUCUGCCGCUCUCUUUGAUGACUGGCUUGAGAACGACCUUCAGCAGGUUGGCUUUGUGAGCCAGGACGAGCCUCUAUGCUCUUCGUCCUCAGACUCUGAUCCUAAUAACAGCCCACGUCUUUCCAACGAGAGCGACUCACCCGUCGUCGGAUUUGAUUCUAUCGCCUCUUCAGAGUUGAUUCAAUCCACCGGAAAUGAUACGCCGAUGGCUUUGUUCCCUGAGGCUCAAGCUUCAGCCCCUAGUUCAACUCCAGUCCAGCAGCAGCCCUCAAUGCUUUCAUUUGCUCCUGCAACUGUUACGCCCAUGUUGCCAUUGACGCCAGAGGCUGUUCAGCAAGCUGCCGCAGCGUUGAACAUCCCUUGGAGCAAAUCAUUGGAGACGGCUGUCUUGGCCCAGUCCUUGUUGGCUUCCAUCCCUCUGGCUCUUCAGAUGCCAUUGAAGCCUGCGACUGUCAAUCCCUUGAGUCCUCCAGCGACUCAGGCCCCUUCACCGAAGCCAACCGAGAGGGCUUUGUCGCCUGCAUCUGUUGCACCUGCCAGCCCUGCUGCCUUGGAACGUGCCUCCUCCACUACUCCUUCGUCGCCUCCAACCCCUCGAAUGUCGCUUUCGAUUUUGAGCAGCACUCAGACACCUGUUCCUGGUACUAGCUCUGUCAAGGCUACGACCUAUAAGAGCGCUUACCGCUCCACUUCGCUUCCUCGUAGCAGCUUGAAGCGCGAUCGUGUCAUCGAAGAGCCUCCUUCGGUUUUGGAAGGCAAGGAUCUCGCUGAGAUGGAUGAAGUGGCGCUGAAACGUGCCAAGAAUACUGAUGCGGCCCGCCGUUCACGCCACAAGAAGUUGGUUAGAAUGGAAGGUUUGGAGCAGCGUGUGGCUGAAUUGGAGGUCGAGAACUCGAUGUUUGAGGCCAAGCUGAACGAAGUCGAGCUCGAACGUUCCUUGUUGGCAGACAAGGAUCAGAUGCAACAGGCCCGCAUUCAGGAGUUGGAAAAAAUGCUUGCAGCUUUGAGAGAAAAGUUGUACUAGUCAAAAUGCAACCUCC